GUGGAGAUUGCCUGGGAGAGAGAAACAGAUGUCUAGUCCAGCUCUUCCCUCUCUUCCACCUCCCAUCCCGGCCCUGGUGCCCCAGGAGCAGGCAGGGAUAGCACACACCCGAGCUAGCCAGGAGCUAGCAGGCCGUGGUCAGAUGGUGUCGUGACAGCGCUACGCCCCGCCCCACGACCCGCCCGCUGCGCGUUCCCUUCUGGUCCCCGAGUCCCCCUCCUCUGCGUCACCUGACCGCAUUCUGGUCCUCAACUCUCCAUGGAGCAGCUGCUGCGAGCCCAGCUUCACACCAAGACACUGCGGGCCUUUGGGAGCUCCGGAGGGGGCUGCAUCAGCGAGGGCUAUGCCUACUACACUGACAGUGGCCCCGUGUUUGUCAAGGUCAACCGCAGGACGCAGGCCCGGCAGAUGUUUGAAGGAGAGAUGGCGAGCCUGGAGGCUCUCCGAAACACUGGCUUGGUGCGGGUUCCUAAGCCCAUGAAGGUGAUUGACCUGCCAGGAGGAGGGGCUGUCUUUGUGAUGGAGCAUUUGAAGAUGAAGAGCCUUAGCAGUCAGGCAUCCAAGCUCGGGGAACAGAUGGCAGAUUUGCACCUUUACAACCAGAAGCUCAGGGAGAAGUCCAAGGCUCAGCAGAACACAGUGGGCUGUGCGGCUGAGGAUGCUGAGUCCCAGGGUGUGACCAAGUUCGGCUUUCACACAGUCACGUGCUGUGGCUUCAUUCCACAGGUGAAUGAAUGGCAGGAUGACUGGCCAACCUUUUUCACUCGACAUCGGCUCCAAGCUCAGUUGGAUCUCAUUGAAAAGGACUAUGCUGACCGAGAGACACAAGAAUUGUGGUCAAGGCUACAGGUGAAGAUCCCGGAUCUGUUUUCUGGUAUAGAGAUUGUCCCUGCCCUGCUCCAUGGAGACCUCUGGUCUGGAAAUGUGGCUGAGGAUGACCAGGGACCCAUUAUUUAUGAUCCAGCCUCCUUCUAUGGCCAUUCUGAGUUUGAACUGGCAAUUGCAUCAAUGUUUGGGGGGUUUCCCAGAUCCUUCUUCACUGCCUACCAUCAGAAGAUUCCAAAGGCUCCAGGGUUUGACAAGCGCCUGCUGCUCUACCAGCUCUUUAACUACCUAAACCACUGGAACCACUUUGGGCGGGAGUACAGGAGCCCAUCCCUGGGGAUGAUGAGGAAGUUGCUCAGGUAGCAGAGGGUUGGGCCUAAUAAAAAGUCAAACUGGAUCCCUAA